AUUAACUUCCCGUGUCCAUCACAUCACUCCAGCCGAAGCAUCAGCAGCACCACUAGCAGCACCACUUUGCCUACACAGCUAUCAAGAUGGCCCCUAUCUGCAUCAGGACCGUGUUAAUCAGUGAAAGUGUGGACCCCCGCUGCAGGGCCAUUCUGGAGGAAAAUGGCAUCCGGGUGACGGAGAAACAGAACAUGAAGAAAGAUGAAUUAAUCGCGGAAAUAAAGAAUUAUGACGGCCUUGUUGUAAGAUCUGCAACAAAGGUAACCGCUGAUGUCAUCAAUGCUGCUGAUAACCUCAAAAUUAUUGGGAGAGCUGGGACUGGUGUGGACAACGUGGACGUUGAUGCUGCCACCAAAAAGGGUAUUAUUGUCAUGAACACGCCGAGUGGCAACACGAUCAGUGCUGCGGAGCUGACAUGUGCUCUCCUGAUGAGUCUUUCAAGACAUGUGCCUCAAGCUGCAAUGUCGAUGAAGCAGGGCAACUGGGAUCGCAAAAAGUUUAUGGGUGCAGAGCUGUACGGAAAGGUGCUUGGCAUUGUUGGACUUGGAAGAAUAGGAAAGGAAGUCGCUUCAAGAAUGCAGUCAUUUGGCAUGAGAACUAUAGGUUAUGAUCCAAUCACUCCUCCUGAAGUGUCAGCCGGCUGGGGCGUGGAGCAGAUGUCUCUGGAGCAGCUAUGGCCACUGUGCGACUACAUCACUGUCCACACUCCCCUGAUGCCCUCUACUGUUGGUUUGCUUAAUGAUGAAACAUUUGCUAAAUGCAAGACGGGAGUUAAGGUUGUGAACUGUGCGCGAGGAGGCAUCAUUGAUGAAGCUGCUCUCCUCAGAGCUCUGCAGACGGGACAGUGUGGAGGAGCAGGGCUGGAUGUCUUCGUUGAGGAGCCUCCUAAAGACCGCUCAUUGGUGGACCAUCCUAACGUCAUCAGCUGUCCUCACUUGGGAGCCAGCACCAAGGAGGCUCAGGCUCGUUGUGGGGAGGACAUUGCUCUGCAGAUUGUGGACAUGGUGAAUGGCAAGAAGCUGAUUGGAGCGGUAAAUGCUCAGGUUAUGGCAAGCACAUUCUCACAGGAAUCCCACCAGCUGAUCAAACUUGGUGAAGCUGUUGGAGCUGUGCUGCAGUCAUGCACUACUGCAGAGAAACCGUUCAGUCAUGUCCAAAUCACCACUCAAGGUGAUUGCAUGAAGUCCUCCACUGGUUACAUGACCUCUUCAGUCCUGGUCGGCCUUCUGAAUCAGAAAUCUGGCUGCUACCCGAACCUCAUAAACGUGCUGAGCCUUGCCAAGGAGUCUGGAAUCACGGUAAACCAGAGCCACUGUGCUUCAAACGAGGCUUCCAGCGGGCUCUGUAGGGUGGAGAUCAUGUCAAAUGGUUGCAGCUACAAAGCCUGUGGUUCGGUUCAGGGUGGUGUUCCCGUGCUGCUGGAGCUGAGUGACAGUGUGUUCAGACAGCCGGUCUCUCUCACUGGAAAUCUGCUGUUCUUCAAGGCCUCUGCAAAUCCUAAUCUCCUGUCCUCAGUGGCUGGAUGUCUGGCUUCUGAGGGAGUGGAGAUCGAGUCCUUCACUGCUCCUGCAGACCGCACCGGGGAUCUGUGGUUCUGUGUGGGGGUUUCCUCCCUCCUGCGUGACCUCGGCGCCUUAAAGCCUCUGGUGAAGGAGGCGGCACAGCUCACCAUUUAAAGAACAGCUGCUGUAGAAGGAAAAAAAAUCUCUGUGUCCUCAAGGGUGUCCAACCUUAAUGACCCAACCUGGUCCCUGUGUUUACAACUAACAACUUGUUUAGAAGUUGAACUUUUGAUAACAUUCCACUGUUUAGAUGGUUUACAUGCACUUUGAGUACAUCUGAAUGAAAGGGUACUGCUUGCUGGUUAGUAUGUUGUUUGAGUUCAAGAUGUAAGACUUAAUAAAACCACUGUAAGACUCCA